GAUGGCAAGAUCCAGGAGUUUGAUAUCGGCAGAGUCAAGUGUCUCUGUCCGGCCUUUGGCAAGAUCUUCCUUUCGGGCACAAAACACCUCAUCGCGUACAAUCCAGUCGAUGACAGCUUCGAAAAAUUCGAGGCGCCAUGGGAGAAAAAUGCCACCUUUGGCAUUGCCGCCGCCACCACAGGCAUUGCUGUUAUUGUAGAGGCAGGAGUCGUACUCUUCGACGUGGAGACCAAGAAGUUCUCAGCAAUUGACUUGCCGAAGACCAUCACGCACGUGUGUGCGGUGGACAACAAGAUCUACGGGGGCACCGACUUUGCCGACCAAGGAUGCAGUAUCAGUGAAUUUGACCUUGAUGCCGGCAAAAGAACUGACAUUCAUUUUUUUUAUGGGGGUUCGGCCAAGGUUUCAUGUAUGUGCUCUGGCGAUGGCGUGGUCUUCGUAGCCUUCUAUGAGGGAAAAGUUUAUACCGGUCCAAGCGGUGUCAAGCCCGGAGCAAAAGUGGCCAUCACUUCCAUGUGCUAUGCAAACGGAGCAUUCUUCUUGGCGCCCGGGACUGGUUCUUGCAUGUGUUGGUGGAAGAUCGGGUCGCCCGAGAUCAAGUUCAUCGAUGUCUCGUGUGCAGGCCUGAAAGGACUUGGGGAAGACAAGAACAAGUUCAGUGCCAUCUGCCAUGCAGAUGGAAAGGUCUUCCUGGCUCCUGACAUGGCUUCAAAGAUGUUCGUGUAUGACUUGAACACGCAAAAGGGCUGGGCUGUCGACGUGUCCAGUGCAGGCAUGCAGCCAGGGCAUAAAAAGUUUAGCGGCAUAUGUGCUUCAGGCGGGAAGAUCUAUCUUGCCCCAUUUCGUGCGCGGAGGGUCUUUGUUUACGACCCGGCCAUCGAUGGCGGCAUUUCUGUCGAGCUCCCGGAAGGCAUCUUCAGUGGAGAUAGGGACGUAGAGCUGUUCAGAGGCGCGUGUUCCUUGGGUGGCCAGGUGUUCCUUGUUCCGGCGCAGACCUCCAAAUUCCUCAAAUGCACGGAUUCUCGGGCAUUCUCGAGCGCCGGAAGUGCUCAAGCGAUCAUUGACGCAUAUGAGGCGGAGAAGGCAAGCGCAGAGCAGAUAUGGACGUCGAUUUUUGAGGGCCUUGGGCCCGCGAAGCUUAGGGACAAGAUCAUGUUGAUGAUGGCUCUGAAGAAGGAAUCUGAGCAGGCAGGCGUCCAGGCCUUCUAUGUGAUCCGGGCCUUCCCUGAGAAGUUCAAGGACUCCGUCUCCAAGUCCUUUCGAGACCUGAAGAAGAAGGUCUUCGCCAAGAAGGGAGGCAUGGGCUCUGACCUGAUCUGCCCACGUGACGGUGAGAUGGGAUGUAGCUACACGGAUGCCUUGUACGCGAAGGACCGGGAAUUGCGAGCCAAAGCCACACACUUUGUUUCAUGGUCGUGGGGCUACACGGUCGAGCAGGUGUCCGGUGCCCUGGGAAGUUGGUCACGGGAGGGAGACAGCCGAAGCAAAGAGGCAUUUCUUUGGAUAUGCUUCUUCUGCAACAACCAGUACAGACUUAAGAAAGGAGAGGUUGCGCCAGAGACGCUGAAGGAUUCUUUUGAGAACAAUCUCAAGUCUAUCGGCCAGAUGAUCAUUAUCUUGGACAACUGCUUGGUUCCGAAAUACACCACGCGGAUGUGGUGUGUGUUCGAGGCCUUUGUGUCUGUGCAGCAGAAGAUCACUCCCACCAUCGUCCUUCCGGAGGGGGCGAUUGAAAGCCUCUCCACGGAGAUGAGCGCUGCCCCAAAUCCCAUGGAGGUCAUGAUGAAGCUCAAGAAGCAUUUCGACGACAUUGACGUGGAGAAGGCGACCGCGAGCGAGGAGGCAGACACUGAAGCGAUCAAGAAGAUCAUCCAAGGCAGUGUUGGCUUCCAGGAGGUGAACGACAAGGUGAAGGUGACGCUGUUGCGCCAUCUGAGCAAGGUCGUCACCAACUACUUCCAGAGCUUCCUGAUGAGUGGUAUGAAUCC